UUAAAGGAGUCCUGACACAAACACUUUGGCCUCGCGUUUUAUUGUUGAAAUGCGUUGCUGGGGGCCAGUUAGUCGUAACACGGCACAUCGUUUGCUGCAGCGUGCAACAGAUGAUUAAUUACAAGUAGGGGGGUCACUUCGUGUCACCUCCGAGGGUGUCACUGCCGCAAAAGCGGCGUGUAGCACUGGAUCACGCACAGGAACUUCAAAGUUCACAUAAAAUACUUUCCAAGCUAUAUUCGCUGUUGAUAUUUUGCGGAUGACAUAUGCAUGCUCACGGCAAUCAAUCCCGCGGGCUGUCUCAGCCGCGAAAUUUUGUGUCAGUACCCCUUUAAGGUAUUCGAGAUCCAUAAGCAAUGCUCCCUCAAUUUUUCGUUCACCCACAUGUUUAGCAGCACAACACUUGCUACAGGCAACAACAUAAUCGUCCAUCAGUAAAAACCAAACCAAACCUAAUCUAACCUAACCUAACCUAGUCAAGCCAUGUGACUUGCAUCAUCAUGCAUUAUGCAAUACCAAGUAGCCAGAUUAACACACAAGCACUAACAUGUUUUGUGGCAUCAUUCAAAUGCAGUACCCAUCAAGACGAGAGCACUGGAGUUGCAACAGGGGUGGAGGAGUCUCUUCAUGCCGAACGAAAGUUCAUUGUGUUUGAGAGCUCCCUCCGAGACCUGCUUGCCAAAUGCUCAGUCUGUGGCCAAGCAGUAGGCGACUUGAAGUUCAGCGUUGUGGGAACACUGGUCACUGCAGAGGGAGUGUGCGAGCAACAGCACCAGCUUCGCUGGAAAAGCCAGCCACUUGUCAAAGGUAGCGGAGCUGGGGCAGGCAACCUUCUCCUGGCUGCUGGCAUGCUCUACUCGGGCUGUGUGGUGGCUUCAACGAUUCGGUGCCUGAAUUCCGUUGGCAUACAAACCAUCACGGAGCGCACCUUCUACAACUAUCAGAGGGCCUACUUGCUCCCUGCAGUAAAACAGGUGAUGGGCGAUGUGACUCGCCAGGCUACAGCGCCAAAUACCUCGCAUACAGUGUGCUUGCCGUGCAGAAUGGCUGCAUUCUACACACUGAGCAGGUGCAAGUCGGAGAGGUAAACUUGCAGUGCUAUUAGUAUAACGUUCCAAGUACUAAUGAAACCAAUUUCUACGCUUUCGUUCACAGUCACCCGAAGUCCCCAA